GCUCGUGGCUCGUGUCUCCUCCGCUUCUUGCGCAUUUGUCCUCCGUCGUUAUCUAGGAAACCGAAACGCCUCGUUCGAGCGUAGGUCUCCAAAGAAACGAAGAUGAGAGAGAUCUUGCACGUACAGGGCGGGCAAUGCGGGAACCAGAUCGGCGCUAAGUUCUGGGAAGUGAUCUGUGACGAGCACGGCAUUGACGGCACCGGCAGGUACGGCGGCGACUCCGACCUCCAGCUUGAGCGGAUCAAUGUGUAUUACAAUGAGUCCAGUGGAGGCCGCUACGUUCCACGAGCUGUUCUCAUGGAUCUGGAACCCGGCACUAUGGAUUCCAUCAGAUCUGGCUCAUUUGGCCAGAUCUUUAGGCCGGAUAACUUCGUCUUCGGGCAGUCCGGUGCUGGGAACAACUGGGCGAAGGGGCACUACACCGAGGGAGCAGAGCUUAUUGAUUCGGUGCUUGAUGUGGUGAGGAAGGAGGCCGAGAACUGUGAUUGCUUACAAGGAUUUCAGGUCUGCCAUUCCUUGGGAGGUGGAACUGGUUCUGGCAUGGGCACCCUCCUUAUAUCCAAAAUCAGAGAGGAGUACCCUGAUCGUAUGAUGCUUACUUUCUCUGUUUUUCCAUCGCCGAAAGUUUCUGAUACAGUUGUGGAGCCAUAUAAUGCUACUCUUUCGGUACAUCAGCUUGUGGAGAAUGCUGAUGAAUGUAUGGUUCUGGACAAUGAAGCACUCUAUGACAUUUGCUUCCGCACACUGAAGCUUGCAACUCCUACAUUUGGUGAUCUGAACCAUCUGAUCUCUGCUACAAUGAGUGGUGUCACAUGCUGCCUCCGUUUCCCUGGUCAGCUUAACUCUGAUCUUCGAAAGCUCGCUGUGAAUUUGAUUCCUUUCCCUCGCCUCCACUUCUUCAUGGUAGGGUUUGCACCCUUGACAUCGAGGGGAUCCCAGCAAUACAGUGCUCUGACUGUUCCCGAGUUGACUCAACAGAUGUGGGAUGCCAAGAACAUGAUGUGUGCUGCUGAUCCUCGACAUGGACGGUAUCUAACUGCCUCAGCCAUGUUCCGUGGUAAGAUGAGCACAAAGGAGGUUGACGAACAGAUUAUCAACGUACAGAAUAAGAACUCUUCCUACUUUGUCGAGUGGAUUCCAAAUAAUGUAAAAUCAAGCGUGUGUGACAUUCCACCCAAGGGGCUGAAGAUGGCUUCAACAUUCAUCGGCAACUCAACAUCGAUCCAGGAGAUGUUCCGCAGGGUCAGUGAGCAGUUCACUGCCAUGUUCAGGAGGAAGGCUUUCUUACACUGGUAUACAGGCGAGGGAAUGGAUGAGAUGGAGUUCACUGAGGCAGAGAGCAACAUGAAUGAUUUGGUGGCUGAGUACCAACAAUACCAGGAUGCAACAGCUGAUGCGGAAGAUUAUGAAGAUGAGGAAGAGGAAGAGGAAGAAGAAGAGGUCGGCUAGGAAGCUUGAGUUUCUUCUAUCUAUAGUAAUGGUUAUUAUUGCUCUUAUAAAUAUAAUUCCAUCUUGAUGUGAGAUAUUAGUUGUGCUUCUGGCAUGAAAGACAUGAGGAUACCCUUCUACGGUAUGACUUGUGUUCUAAGAGCUGUGACUUGAUAUUAAUAUUGAGCUACAUAAUGUUUAUUUGAGAAA